AAUAGGAUAAAGAGCUGAAAUGGAGCAUUGCAGAUCAGUUUAACUUUGUAAACUGACAAGAAUAGAUAAGUUUUUGAGUAGCACAUGGGGUUCUAUUAUAUUUUACUGCUGCUGAGCCUCCUGGGUGGCCUGGCAAGAUGUUCUCUAAACUGUCCCACUGAAAAAUGGCAUACUCUGCAGUUUCACCUGGUGCGGCAGUGUCAACGAGCCUCGACAGAUGACGCUCUGGCUCUAGAGAGCACCGCUUCAUUGGAGGAGUGCGCUAACCUUACACGGGAACUGCGAGGCCUGGCCUUUAACUAUGCUAUGCGUAGUCAAUUGACUGUUUUUGAGCAGCCAGGGGAGUUCUUCAACUGCCAUGUGCUGCCCUGUCCACAAAACCAUACGUUCUCAGGAAUGGUCAACGACAGUCGCUUCGAUUAUUACAGCUUGUAUGGCAGGCCAACAGUUGUUAGGAACUACACCUGCCUGCCGGAAGUCGGUCUAUUUGUGGUUUAUACCUCACCAGCUUCUUAUCUGAAUGCUUCCCUGACCUGCUCAAAUUCCUCCGAGUUUACUGGUAGCUUAGCCCAUAUUGCCACCGAAUCCCGAACAAGUUUCCUGGCUCAGUGGCUGCUUCGGUUCAACAGGAAGCUACUUAGUCUCCCAGAGCCAGAGUCCAAUGUCUUCCUGGCCUACGUGGGUCUGGCGUACAACCGCUCUACUUCACUGAGUCCUAUGGAUUUUCGAAACUCUCAGCAGGAAAGCCUGCAGUGCUUUCUGUAUAGGGCCUGGGAUACAGGUCAUCCUCGUACCAGUCAGGAGCAGGCUAAUGCCAGCUGUGUGGCGCUGACGGCCCAAGGUACUUGGCAAACCCUUAGCUGCGACCGGGAGCUGCCCUUCAUCUGCGAAAUUCACACAGCAAAAGCCACCACUAGCUGGGAGAGGGAUGGUGCCGAGCUGGACAUCGGGCCGAAUGCGGUUUUUGAGUGCGGCAACGAUUGA